GCGAGGCUACACUGGCGGCGGACUCGCGAAGUUGCGACACACGGCUCCUCUUUCCGUGGCUGUGUCGCAUAAUUGAUUGUCCAUUCGAUACUGACAUUGAACGGACGACGUACGGCGGCCGACCGGUUGAUUACAGCCAGUUAUUAGCUUACGACUACUGUGGUAACGCGUUUCCUUACCAUCGUGUGAAAUUAGCGGCAUCAGCUGAGUACCUACCCACGGGCGCGCGUGAUGCUGGAACCCUUUGAUAUCUGUGACGUUGUGGUCUAAGUGAUGUGUCAUUGUUUGCAUUGUGCUUGUGGCAUAUAACUAUGGAUGUGGCAAAAGAAAAGUCUGGAUUGGAGGAGUUUGAAGAGGAUGAUUUGACGUCGCGUCGUUGUAUGCUGGAUGAUUUGCAGCUAGCAGCGGAACUCGGGAAAACUCUAUUAGAAAGGAACAAGGAACUCGAAACAGCGCUACGUCAGCAUCAGAAUGUUAUCGAAGAUCAAACACAAGAAAUCGAGUACCUGACAAAACAAACUGUCGCGUUGCGCGAAGUAAACGACUCAAGACUGAGAAUUUAUGAGCAGCUGGAAGUGAGCAUCCAAGAUUUGGAGCGCGCGAAUCACAGGCUAGCCGUCGAUCAUGCAGCUGACAAGAAACACAUUAAAUCUUUAUGCGCCAAUAUUGAAACUUUGGAGAGUAAAUGUGAAGAUCUUCAGAAGAUUAUCGAUGACCUCAAUGUCCAAUUAGAAAUAGCCCGGCGAAGGGCAGAGCGAAAAACAGAAAGCUAUGAGAAACCCAAAGACAGUGAACAAAAACGGGAACCAGUCACGCCCAAUUCCAAGAAAGUUGAAGUGACCAGUACGCCGCUGAAGACAAUAACACCUCUCCCAGAACUGACUAAAGAGGACGAGGAUUUACUUAGGCUAAGCGAUGAACUUAGAGAAAGCAAAGUCUCUUUCGCCCAAGAGCAAAGAAGAGUAACAGAACUUGAAGAGCAGUUGGCGUCUAUGGUUCAAGAAAACAAUAGAUUGCAAGAUCAGCUGAGGAAUUGGCAUCAAAGAGAAGAUGAACCCAAGUCGAUGCAAGAAGAGUUCUCCAUAUUAGAAGAAGUCAGACAAGGCCAGCUCUGCAUCAAAUGCCUAAGAGGUGUUGAGCGCGAUGACAUGUCUUCUAUGCUCGACGGCGACGACGAUGACAGAAGUGCUAUCAGCUCACUGGUCCUCACUCCAUCUGGUCAAGACAGCCCCAGGGACGACAUCGUUACGAACAAACUUGUCAAAUUUGACAAUGCUAAGGAAAAGUUACUCCAAGGCAUAUGGGCCAAUAAGGAAGACGGCCAUGAUAAUCCAUAUAGAGAGCUUGUUCAGAAGUAUGAAGCUCUGUUGGAAGUUCAGCUGUCACAAGUAAAAAAUAUAAGGAAGAACAAACAGAAUACAUUACCUAAUGUGCAUACUCAAUCUGGGUCACUGUCACUACAAGACGAACUACAGACUUCUGGAGAAUAUAGCCAAUUCAAUGUCAAAGAUACUGAUGAAGAAAGUGGACAUGGUGAAGAAGCACAAAAAGACAAUAAACAACAGAAAAAAGUUGAAACGACAUCUCGCAAAAAAAUUAUACAAACACCCGAUUUCUCGGAAGCAGAAACAUCCAGCUCCGGGUUUUCGGAUGAAACAAGCAACAAAGCAACACAAACGGAACGCGAACGUCCAGGCUCUUUUCUCUGCACUAUUGCUGAUGGCGAAGACUAUAGAUUCAGCAUCUACGAUGAUGUCAGCCCAAUGGACAGCCGUUUCCGUAAUAGACCGGAAUAUCGUGAACUUUUCAAAGAAAUCUUCACGAUCCUAAAGAAAGCUGCAGAGAAUAAGGAUGAGGGCGAGCAACUGCCACUCCUUGAUGAUACAACAGCUGGGAAGGUACCACCCGUUACACCAGCGACGGAAGAGCCACCUGGUAACUUUACUGACGAUACCCAAAGUGUCUUGUCGUCUGUCAUGUCUGAACAAUCGAUUCCAGUAUCUGAUAUUACCGCUCCAGAAACACCAACACUGAAAGAAGACAAAGAAGAGAAGCCUAUUACAGAACCAGUCACAAAACCAGACAUUGUCAAAAAUAAUAACAAACAAGACAAAUUAGAAAUAAAACCAAUCGUAGAACAAAGUACGCUCGAAGAUAUCAAAGAAAAAGAAGUGGAAAAGGAGAAAGAAAAGAAACAGGAGAAAGAACGUGUAUUGACACCGUUGGUGCGUCAACCUCUGGAGUACAUUGCGGCCACUAGAAAGAAGUCCAGACAUCGCAAUCGCAAACAUAGCCAGGAUCGUCAAGGAGCAGACUCUCCAGUGUUCCCGUCUCCACCAAAAAUCACUUACCAGAAAUCAUCAAGCAAAAAACGACGAGAUUAUAGGCCGAUCGAAGUGAGCCCCCUUGUGAAAGCAACUGAAAGUGAAUGGAACGGAUCCACAAUGCAAUUCUACAAUAGGAAUAUAAACUCGCCCACGCCCAGCGUAAGCGGUAGAACCGGUAAAAUAUAUCAAGGCUGGAACCCUGAGACGGACUCCUGGGAUAUCAAACAGAGCACGGCCUCGCAGGAGAUACAUAAAUUGAGAAAAUUAGAACUUUCCUACGCGGAAGUAUUGAGAAACGCCGACAAAACUAAAACAAGGCGCAAGAAGCAUCAAUAAUUUUUUUUAAUUAUUCGACCCCCUCUUGCUUAUUAGUAAGAGCUGAGUGAUUCAACCGCCAUUUGUCUUUGCCAACUGGACAUAAGUAAUUUAGUUUAGAAGUAUUUGUGAUCUGCUAGCGUUACUUUUUAAUUUGUAACUAAUAUAUUCACAAUUAUAAAUUGCCAUAAUAAUUUGGUAUAGUUGAUAUACAUAUACCGCAUAAUUCCUAUGUAUGUACACAUUCAAAUAGUCCAAACAU